AUGGCUUCCAGCAGUACACAGUCUAGUUCCACAACAGAAUCAGGCGCAACGACAACUACUACUGAUGCUAGCACAACAACUGCACAAUCUACAAGCGCAGUUGAAAGUUCAACUGAAAGCACCACAACUGAAGCCAGUAUGUCUACAUCCGCAGGUACAUCAACAUCUACAAAUACGGAAUCUUCGACAGAGGGCACCACAACAGUAGAAAUGACUUCUACCAGUACACAGGCAAGCUUUACAACAGAAUCAAGCGCAACAACAACUUCUUCUACUGAUGCUGCCACAACAAAUGCACAAUCCACAAACCCAGUAGAGACUAUGACUGAAGCCGUCACAGGUGAAGCCAGUACAUCUACAUCCGCAGCGACACCAACAUCUACAAUUCCAGAAACAACUAGCACAACAGUAGAAACCAUGGGGUCGUCGACAGUGAGUAGCACAACUGCUGCAGAAAUCACUUCCACGAGUACACAGUCUAUCUCCACAACAGAAACAGGUGCAACAGCAUCCACAACUGAUGCUAGCACAACCGCUGCUGAAUCUACAAGCGCACUUGAGACUACGACUGAAGGCACCACACCUGAAGCUAGCACAUCUACAACCGCAGCAGCACCAACAUCUACAAUUCAAGACACAACUAGCACAACAGUUGAAACUACGGAGUCCUCAACAGUGGGCGGUACAACUGCAGAAAUGGCUUCCACAAGUACACAGUUUAUCUCCACAACAGAAUCGGGCACAACAACAACCCUAACUGAUGGUAGCACAACAUCGCCUGAAUCUACAAGCACGGUUGAGUCUACAACUGAAACCAUUACAACUGGAACCGGUAUAUCUACAUCUGCACACACGCCAACAUCAACAACUGCAGAGAUGGCUAGCACAACAGUAGAAACUACGGAAUCGUCAACAGUCAGCAUCACAACUGCUGAACCCACGUCCAUCAGUUCACAGGCUAGCACAGCAACACAGGCAGGCACAACAACAACCAGUACUGACGCUAGCACCUCAGCUGCAGAUACUUCAAGCACAGCAGAGACUACAUCAGAAUCAAUCACAUCUGAACCCACUACAUCUACUUCUGGAUCCACAACUGCAUCAGCAAUUGUUGAUACAACGACUUCUACUGAAGGCAAGUUGUCUUUUCCCCUUGUAUUAGGUGAUGUCUUUCAUAUCAAAAGGGUGUGUGGUAUUAGUGACAAAUGCAAAAAGAUUUAA